AUGUUGUCGAGCACAUCGUCCAUUGUCCAGCUGGCCAAGGCACCUUUCAAGCGUGCCCAGCGCGGUCUCUUUGGAGGCAAGCAAAUCCAAUUCGGUAACAACGUCCCCUUCUCCAAGACAAAAACCCGCCGCACCUGGUUACCCAACGUUCAAACAAAGCGCCUCUUCUCCGAGACCCUCAACGACUGGAUCCGUCUCAACAUGACCACCUCCGUCAUCCGUACCGUCGACAAGAAGGGCGGCCUUGACAAAUACCUUCUUGAGACUAGGGAUGAUCUUUUGGGCGCCAAGGGCGUUGAAUUGAGGGGCAGGAUUGUCGAGGCUUUGAAGUUGAAGCAGGCGAAGCGGUCGAUGGCGAAUUAUAUGGAGCAGCAGAGGAGUACGACACUGUCGACGGAGGCAACCGAGGCUGUGAAGGCUGUGACCCAGAAGGUUGACCCUUCAGCACCUGUUGUCAACACCUCUGCAUCAUCACAGCCCGCUGUUCUUUAA